GGGAGGAGGGCGCUGCCGGCCGCCAGUCAGUCAGUCAGUCUGCGCGGCGCUGCGUGUAGCUGGCGGCGGGGCCGGGAUGUUCAGCUGGAUGGGGAAGCAGGCGGGCGGGCGAGAGCGGCCCGGCGGCGGCGGCGACGCGGUGCAAACGGUGACCGGGGGGCUGAAGGAGCUGUACACGCGGCGGCUGCAGCCGCUCGAGGACUAUUACCGCUUCCAGGACUUCCACUCGCCCACGCUGGAGGAGGCCGACUUCGACAACAAGCCCAUGGUGCUGCUGGUGGGGCAGUACAGCACGGGCAAGACCACCUUCAUCCGGUACUUAUUAGAACAGGACUUUCCAGGCAUGAGGAUCGGUCCAGAGCCUACCACAGAUUCUUUCAUUGCUGUGAUGUAUGGAGAUACAGAAGGGAGUACUCCUGGAAAUGCUUUGGUUGUGGACCCCAAGAAGCCAUUCCGUAAACUCAGCCGCUUUGGAAACGCUUUUCUGAACAGGUUCAUGUGUGCUCAGUUACCUAAUGAGGUUCUGAAGAGCAUCAGCAUCAUUGAUAGUCCUGGCAUUCUUUCAGGAGAGAAACAGCGCAUCAGUAGAGGCUAUGACUUCUGCCAGGUCCUCCAGUGGUUUGCUGAGCGGGUUGACCGCAUCAUCCUCCUCUUUGAUGCCCAUAAGCUGGAUAUUUCUGAUGAGUUCUCGGAGGCUAUUAAAUCAUUCCGUGGCCAGGAUGACAAGAUUCGAGUGGUGCUGAACAAGGCUGACCAGGUGGACACCCAGCAGUUGAUGAGGGUCUAUGGUGCACUCAUGUGGUCCCUGGGAAAGGUGAUUAACACUCCAGAGGUGUUGCGAGUCUACAUUGGUUCUUUUUGGGCCCAGCCUCUACAAAACACAGAGAACCGCAGGCUCUUUGAGGUGGAAGCCCAGGAUCUCUUCCGAGACAUUCAGAGUCUCCCACAGAAGGCAGCUGUGCGGAAACUCAAUGAUCUCAUCAAGAGGGCAAGACUUGCAAAGGUUCAUGCUUAUAUUAUCAGCCAUCUAAAGAAGGAAAUGCCAUCUGUAUUUGGAAAAGAGAACAAGAAGAGGGAGCUGAUCAGCAGUUUACCUGAAAUCUAUGUCCAACUGCAACGAGAGCACCAUAUCUCACCUGGGGACUUCCCAGAGGUCAAGAAAAUGCAGGAACAGCUGGAGACCUAUGACUUCUCUAAAUUUCAUUCUCUGAAACCAAAGCUUAUUGAAGCUGUGGAUAACAUGUUGGCCAAUAAAAUCGCCUCUUUGAUGAGCCUGAUGAACCAGGAAGAAAGUAACAUGCCUACACCAAUGGUGCAUGGUGGAGCCUUUGAUGGCACCACAACCGGACCCUUUGGCCAGGGAUAUGGGGAAGGUGCCAGGGAAGGAGCUGAUGAGGAGGAGUGGGUUAUUGCCAAAGAUAAACCUGUAUAUGAUGAGAUCUUCUAUACUCUGUCACCAAUCAACGGCAAAAUCUCUGGGGUCAAUGCAAAGAAGGAAAUGGUGAACUCCAAACUGCCAAACAGUGUCCUGGGGAAAAUCUGGAAACUUGCAGAUUGUGAUAAUGACGGCAUGUUGGACGAGGAGGAGUUUGCACUGGCAAAACAUCUCAUCAAGAUUAAACUGGAUGGGUAUGAACUGCCCAGCAUCCUACCACCUCACUUGGUGCCACCAUCACACAGGAAACCUUUGCAAGUGUCAGAGUGAAAAACACAGGGAGGAGAUUAAGUGAGGGAUGGAGGGAACUGAAAGCCCUCUGAAUCUUUUUACAGAUAAAUUGAGCCAUCAAGGCUUGAAAUUGGGUUUAGAGGCAAUCUUUAAAUCACAUAUCAGAUUUCAAACAAAUUACUGGAACCAGCACCAUAGUACAGAGGUUACUUGUGUAAUAGCUCUGGCUGACCUUCACUGAGACAGGUUUAUCACAAGUGCCUUUUGUAAAUACUUCCACACCUUACAUUGCUAAGAUAGCAAGGCUUUCUUUGAGAAUCACACUGUCCAUGUCUCAACCAAAAAGCAGAAAAUACAUAGACCACACCUACAAUCAUGUACUAAACAUGAAUACCUAGGAAACACAAAGCUCCCCAGACUCUUUAGCAAGUGGAAGGAAACGCUAACGCUCUAGAAGGCAUAGAUUUGUUUAAUAAAGAUACUUUAGGUGCCUUUGUGAAUGUCAGCAUCCCUAGCUUUAGAAAAGACAGAAAUACAAAGAACACUGCCUUCAUAUUCUGCUGUUGAUUUUAAUAAUAUUAACUUGUGGUAGGGAAGGGGGACAUGGGUAGAACCUUUUGUAAGAAUGUUCAGGACAUGAGCAGAAAGAUAAGAAUUUUUACGAGAGGCUAUUUUUUAAAAUCUGCAAUUUAUUAAAACUGUUUAAAUCUGUCAGCUGUGCAUUGUGGUAAAUGGAAGAAAUGCUUCUUUUUGCUUUGUGCAUAAAAUAAUGUGCAACUGACCCAUCAGCUAAAAAGAUUUGGAUCCCCACUGUGUUGGGGAUGGGAAUUUCAAGAUUUCUGUUUAGCUGCUUUGCACAUUGUUUGGUAUAAAUUCCUGAACUUUUCCAGUUAUAGCACUGUUUGGUCCUGGUUCUUGGAAGCAUGGGAAUUCACGUGUUUUAGCAGAAACAGAGGCCUUGUUUUGAAUAAUGAGAGAAGGGUGUAUUGCAUUAAACUUCUUUUCAGGAUAUUCAGUGUGCAUAUUCAGUUGGCUUGAUAAAUUCUCUUGGGAUUUACACUCAAAGUUUACAACCAAUUAUAUGGAUAUUCUUACGUCCAAGUAUUCUUUUUAGUUUUUUAUUUCAGCAGAAUUUUGAAUUCUUUCCUUUGUUAAUAGGAAGCUGGCAAAUGUAGAAAAGAUGUUCCACUCCUACUGUAGCAUCAUCUUCAGAAGGUAGGCCACUAAGGGGCCAACCCAACUUCCACUGAAGUUAAUGGGAGUCUUUCCACUGACUUUCACAAAAGCUGGAUUGGUCCCUUAAAGCAUUGUUAAUUUAUUAAAGAAACAUUUGGGAGGGACAGAAGUGCACCAACACUUCACUUCACCAUCCUUCCCAGUUGUACAAUCAAAGAAAAUUGAUCAUGUGAGCUACGCACAACUGAUUCUAACAUCCCUAUUCUCAGUGCUCCAGAGGAAGGUGAUUCUCCAUCCCCAUUAAUUUUAAUAUGCUUUUUCUUUUUGUGCGGAGAGUGGGGAAUAGAACAACAAUUCCUUUCUGACACCAAACUUGGCAGUUAGUUUAGUUAUGUGCAUGUGAGUGAGAAUCACUUUGUAAUCCAUAUAGCAUAAAAUACUAUAGGUAUCAAAAGUACUGUAACUUUGAGCACUUUUUCCCCUUGAAUCCAAGUAAGGUGGUGUAACAGGGUUCCACGUCCCAUCCCUCUUCCUGGGGCCCGCUUGCUGCCCCCAAUAAGGCUCAGAGAGGCGUUAUUUAAAUAAGGUUCUCCCACCACCAGUGUCUGUCUAUAUACAAGUCUUGCAGGAUUAGUCACCUCCUUUACAGGCAGAGGCAGCCUUCAGCUACGAGGCCUCCAGUUCCCUCCCUGGCUGCUCUCCACCUUCUGGCUCCCUCCCAGCCUUUAUAGCUCUUGGCUUGUCAGGCCAGCAAGUGUUACCAAUCCUCAGGCCGGCAUCAGGCUUUUUCCAUCAGCCCCAAUCUGUUUCCCCUGAUUGGAGCUGACUGGGCAGGGGCUAAUUAGGUGCUUUUGACCAGCACCCUGCUACAUACCUCCCUCCUUAAGCCGAUGCCAGGCCUGAUCUUCCUCAGCCCCGCUUUCCUCGGCCUGGGGUUUUAUUCUGGGGGUGGCCUCCCUGCCCAGUGGGGUGGUCCCUGGUCUCAACACUGGGGGGGGUUUGGCAUGCCCCACCCCAAAAGGUGCAUUGGGUAGGGGGUGGGCCACUCCACAAGUCCAGCUCCACCCAGAGGUCAUCACACACACCCUUGGGCAGGUCGCCCUGGAUGCCCUCUUUCCUUCCCUGGUGGGGGAGAUGGAUCAGAGCCAACUGCCCCGAGUCUGCCCCCUGUCUCCGGUUUGGGCUCUCUGCCUCUUGGAGUUUGGACCUCCCUCUUUUGGGUUUCUACCCUCUGAUCUUUCUUUAGCUUCUCUGUCUCUAUCACGGGGAUUCCCUCCCCUGGGUGAUCCCAUCCUGGAACAUUUGUUCCUUCAUCAGUCCCUCCCUUAGGGUCUCUAUCCUGACUGUGUUGUCUAGGAUUCGUAGCUUUUUCCCCUUGAGAUUGUGAGGACUCCCCUUUCCCAGGGUCCACCCCUGUAGGGGACUGGCCCCCUCCCUCCAGGUCCUUCUCUCUCGCUUUCUCUGUUUGUCUCCUUCCCGGCUUCCCAGUGGGAUGCUCAUGGGGUUUCUUGCAUCCGUCUGUCUCUCCCCUGAGGGAGCAGCGGACCCUGUGAAAGUCUGCUUCUGCAUAUUCCUCCAUCCUUUUGACGGCGGCUUCUACGGUGGCAUGCUAUCUGGGAGGCACUGUACAAAUUGUUCGAGGAUCACCUGAUCCAUAACUUGCCCCAUUGUUUGGGCGUCGGGCCUCAACCACCGUGUCGCCCAGUCAAUCUCUGGGCAAAGGCCCAGGGCCGCACGCCCCCCGCCUACAGGGCUGCCCGAAACCUUUGCCAGUAUUUCUCCAAUGAAAGCCUCAGGCGAUCCAAGAUGGCUGCCUUCACCGUAUCAUAGUCUCUAGCCUGGGCAUCUGUCAGGGCCAUAUAUGCUGCUUGUGCCUCCUCAGCAAGAUAGGUGCUAGCCGCAGGGCCCAGGUUGUCCUGUCCCAUCCUGCGCCCAGGGCCACCCUGCUUUUGCACCAGCACCCUGCUAACAGUUGGAUUCUGGAAGUAUCUUCUGGGACAGAACAAUCUAAAGAGUGAUUGACUAACCUCUUGAGUGAAGGAGGGAGAAUUUCUUGAGAGUAACUAAGUAAGCAAAUUAAUUUAUUCAUGUCUGAAUAGCAAUGACAUUAUAGCAGAACUUUCAGUAGCCUUUAUGGUUCAUUGCUAACUUUGAGCACUUUGCAUAUGACCUUCCAGUGAUGUGUUGUACAGCCUCCCUCCAUCUCCUCACCAGUUCCCUAUUUCCUGAGUAUAGUUGGUUUUAAAUUUAUAAUUUUCAGGAAUGUCCAUGUGUUAAGUACUUAAAUGCUCUAAGAAGAUCCUCCCCUACAUAGCUUUUUUUUCUCAAGCUUGUAUAAAUUCAAGCUCUUCAACUUAGCCACUUACUUCAGAUAUUUCAAUACUUUUGAUCAAUCUAGUAGCUCUUCCAUAUGCCUUCUACAGAAUUCAUGCAUCCCUGGGCAGACAGACCAAAUCUUAGACAUGGGUCCUUGAUUGCAACUUCACCAUGAGUUUGUAUUGCACAACAGUACACCCUCCACUGGAUUGUUUUUAAUCAUUUGAUGUAGCUUAGUAUUGUUAUUCUUUGCUAUAGUUUAACAGUGUGUUCACAUCUUUACUACAGCUAACAUGUAAUUUGAAGACUAAAGACAUACACAAUAUAAAAAACUCACCAAAUGGAAGCAAAAUUGUAAUCCAUCUUUAUGCAUAACUCUAGCUUAUAGCUAUAGUAAGGUCUUAUGGUAUAUAUACCAAUAGAUAUUUAUCCAUUCUUAUAUCUGUGUGCUAAUUGUAAGUAUUCCAUUAGAAGGUUCUUUAUUAAGUUGAUUUAGAACCCUUAAGAUAUUUCAAAGAACUGAUCUAAUUUAUUCACAAACGAAUGAGAUGCUUUUUUGUAAUCAACUGUUAGGUAUAUUACCUUCACUCAGUGUAAUAAGUGAGAGAGGGCUGUCUAUCUACCAUCUCUUCAAUAGCAUCCACUUGACUGUUUGAUACUGCUAGUAUUUUUUUGUUAAAUGAAUCAGACAUCUCAAAUCUCUUAGCAUAUCUGUGUAAAACUGAAAAGUAGUACUUCAGGGUCUCAGGUUAAUUUACAACCAAGAUGUUAAAUCCAUACACACACUAUUUCAUUAGCUUGUGGUUAUACCCAGCGAUUAGAACUGAGUACCUAAUUCAAAGCAACUCUUCCAACAGUAAUUAGAUACAUGUUUGUUGAUAUUGAAAUCUUACUAUUGGUUUUUGGCUAGAGACAAACCCACUUCUGCAUCAAUUCAGCCAUAAGGUUAUUUGUUGUCAGUGCAUAAGCUCAGACAUCUUUGCCCCAGAGUCCAUCUAAUGCAUUGGUGUUUGGAGAGGAAGUUCAUUCUUCUUGACUGUAGCAAAAACAGUCUGAAAGCUCUCCAGUGAGCUUGUAAGAUCUUAUAUAAGCAUAGUGUGUUACCAGAAAUCUCUGCCAGAAGUCUCUAAUGUGUAUUCUGCCAAUGUGCUGGCUGUACUUUCAUCUGCCCCAGGUUCUAUAUUCUCUGAGGCUUUCACAUUAACACUAGCCAACCAGUGUUCUGAAAUAUGCUUGCUGAUAUGUUAAAUAUAAUAUUGAAUCCACUACUCCAGCUACGGUCAUUUCUAAGGUUGUGGAAACAGAGGGCGGAAGGGAAUGGAAAUUUUCUCAGUAUUGCCAUGGUCGUACACCAUUAGCUUGGUAACCAUUUUACCAAGGCUGAAUAUUUCACGUGUGUCUAUAAUAAAUAAAAUAAUAAUUGGAGAUAUACCAAUCUCCUAGAACUGGAAGGGACCUUGAGAGGUCAUUGAGUCCAGCCCCCUGCCUUCACUAGCAGGACCAAGUACUGAUUUUUGCCCCAGAUCGCUAGGUGGCCCCCUCAAGGAUUGAACUCACAACCCUGGGUUUAGCAGGCCAGUGCUCAAACCACUGAGCUAUCCCUCCCCCCCUACUGUCUUUGGUUCUCUGUAUUAUUUCUAAUUGCUUUGAAGGUCUGUGUAAAGUUGCAUUCAGUUUUUCAGCCGAAUUAAAAUUUUUCAGGGAUCUUGGCACGUCUUCCAUCAAGUAGGUUUUUGCGUUUACCUGUCCCCAAAGUCUCCAGUUGGAGAUGCUCAGGUAUUCUGCUUUGUUCAUGAUUCUCUUUUACCUUUUCUUUGCUGCUGACUCUUAAUGCUUUGAAAAAAAAAUUCUCCAGUUUCCUUUUGAUAUUUUUGAUAUUUUUGUGUGCCCUCUGCCUUGUCUCUCAUGGUGUACAUGAGAAAUGUAUACUUGAUGUUACUUAAUUUUGUUGACAAACCCUGAGACAACAAAAAGCUGUUCAAAACUGUUUAUGUUGGCUAUGCUAAUGAUCAGAAAAAUUAAAUUACUGGAGCAUGUAUAGGGGAAUAAGUCCAUUGUCCUGAAGGGGGGCAAUGAUUUCUGUUCCUUUUAGCCUGUGUUUUAUUCCCUGCUACUUCUGUGUCACCAAGGCAACUUGUUGAUUUCCUCAAAGCUACUGUAUAAAUGACCCUUUGCAUUUCUGGGCCCCUUAAAGCUGCCCUAUUUUUGGCCUGAAGCCUGCUUUCUUAGCCAAGCUUCCUCUUUACUUAUCCUCCUGAAGGAAACAGUUUAUUUUUCUUUUCCUGUCUGCUUUUCCUUGGUUGUUUCCUCUUUGAGCUGAUCAUACCCUUACACACAUUGUCCAAGCACUUAGUGCUCGCUCUCUCCUCUUUCAGCUCAGCUGAGGCAGGACAGCAUGUUUUUAGGGUUCCUCCAGUGUUUGUGGGACGUGAGAUGGAAAACAAACUCUUCCCUUACUGAAGAGGAGCUUCACUUCUUCCUUUCCCAUUUAUCUCAGUUCCCUGCAUGUGGGAAGCAGCCACUUCUGAUACUGUCGUGUCACAUAGGGUGCAGUCAGGGGAAAGAAGUAUAAAGAGGCAUGUUUGGUAGCAAGAGAUAGAGUUGCUUUUGGUAGCAAGAGAUAGAGUUGUCUAUUAAUGACAUGAUUUGCACUACUUCCAGGUUUAAUGGGGUUUUCAGUAGUGAAGUCCCUUCCAGCACAAAGUCAGUGGGAGUUUUGCCUGAGUAUGGACUGCAGGAUUUGGUCCAUGGUUUUUUUUCAUGAACAGAGUUGUAGAUUGUACAUUCCUUUUAAGGCAAGAAUGAUACCAAAGGCAAGGGAAACUGAUACAAUAAUAAAGAACAGGAGUACUUCUGGCACCUUAGAGACUAGCAAAUUUAUUUGCGCAUAAGCUUUCGUGAGCUUAUGCUCAAAUAAAUUUGUUAGUCUCUAAGGUGCCACAAGUACUCCUGUUCUUUUUGUGGAUACAGACUAACACAGCUGCUAUUCUGAAACCUGUCAUGAUACAAGAAUAUCUUUCUUAAAAUCUGCUGGUCCAGACUUCAACUUAAACUAAUGCCUUCUCCCAUCCUAGAUGUGAAGUUGUGCUUUGAGAAGGAACUACCUGAGCGUUACCUGGAUUCUGCUCUGUGUGAAAUCAAUGGAGCCAUUUUAGAUGGUGACAGAAAGGUAACACUGCUUUACCCAGCCAGGCUUUCUGGCCCUUGUAUCAAGGGUUCCCUGCUCUAGUUAAUUAUUCUUGAACACUCAGUCUGUUUUUCAUUACUCUUCCUUCCUUAAUACAGUUUAGUCACCACCACCGCCAACCCCUCCCGAAACCCCAAACCAGUUAAGGGCAAAAUUCAGUCCUUAUGCAUCUCCAUUAACUUCAGUGGGGUUUUGCCCAUUUAUGUCAGGGAUGAAUCUAGCCCUGGUUCUGUACAAAAGCCUUGUUCUGUUUAAUAGUGACACUGAUCCUCUAUGUAAUUUAUGCUGCAGGUUAUAAAAUCACUUUUUUCGCAUAUAAUAUUGUUUUGUUUAACAGAAAUUGAGACUUUAGAAGCAAUUGUACUAAAGUGAAUGUGUUACAUUUGUCUGAUAUCUGCAGUCAGGCAACUGCACAUCCUAGCACCUUCCCUGAGUAUCUUGACUAGGGAGAUUCACUUGGGGGAAAUGGGAAGAAUCUUUUACUGCAGUCUACUGCAGCGUAGGAGGAAAAUAGGAUCUGGGUAUCUGCUGAUCCUCCAGCCCUACACCUGCCUUACCACUGACCUUUCUGUAUACAGAUACUCAGGGGCUCCAUAGUGGACCUGGACUGCGAAUUACCACUAUGUGUAGCCUCCAAAUCUUGACUCCUUCUGACACAAUGGAACCAUAAUUGUUCCACUGCUUUGGGACCUUCCCUACCUGCUGAAGAGGAGAGCAGGAUUUGUCCCUCAGUGACUUGCUGUCAUUCAUUUUAUCUUUCUAGUUUUGGUAGUGAAAAGGUGGUGGCACAACCUUCUUUCCACUCCUGUGUGUGUAGGCUACCACUUCGUGGCACUUUCAACAUGGGUAAUGAAUAGAGCCGGUCAAACUUUCAGAUGAAACGUUGAUUUUGCCCAAGUUUUUUAUUUUGAAACAAUCAAAAUGCUUUAUUUUGAUAAAGUCAAAACAUCUCAUUUUAACUGUUCCAUUUCAACUUUUUUGUUUGAUUUUUAUUUAUGUAAUCAUUUUUAAUAGAAAAUAACUGCCAAAGCAAUGCAGACAAAAGAACCAAGAAAUGUGGACUAUGUUGUGAGAUCAAUAUCCUGCAGUAUCUGCAUCUAAAAAGUUAUAGUCCAGCAACUUGUGAAGCCAUCAAAAGCAUCUCCCUACCCUUCCACCCCACAUAUCCUUUGCCGUUCUUUUAAAAGAAUUACGACACUGUUGGGGAAGAGUGGAAAGGGGAAGAAGGAUACAAGAGAGGGAAUUUUGACAGCAAGAAAUGUGGAACCUGAGCUUCAAUGUUCUUUGCCAUUACUAGAGAACUGACUGAAAUCUGGAAUUUCCAUUUCAUGGCAAAUGCUGCAAUUCCAAAAUUUCCUUUUCUUCCAAAUUCAGAAUUUCCUGCAGAAAGGAAUAUUUAAAAAAAAUAUUUUCACCAUAUAAUUUCAAAAAAGUCAACAUUUUUCAUUUCAAUGAAGUAAAAAAUGUUGAAAAAUCCUAAAUGAAACGUGUUUUCUGAUUAGUUGCUGGGAACUAUAUUACAUCAUCAGCACCACCAACACUCAGUUUGACAUUUAUUAUUAUUAUUGUGCUCAGGAAAGACCCAGGUCUGGGGUCUUGUCUAUACUAGAAAGAGUUUGCCAAGCCUCACUCCAUACACCCAGAACCCUCCUAACAUUCCAUACCUGAACCCCACCCCACUGAACCUCAACCCCUGCAUCUGGAGCUCCCCUGCACUCAGACCCCCUGCUUCCGGACCCCUAUCCCCGCACCCCAGAACACCCCCCACUGAGCUCCCUGCAUUCAAACCCCCACCCUCUGCACCACCCUGAGCCCCCCAUAUCCAGACACCCACACCACUGAUCCUCAACUAGCUGCAAGUCCUAAAUGAGUGACAGACCCCCACCCCACCAAGCCAAACUCCCCCAGCACCCAGACCCCUCCGCUGAACCCCAACCACAUUCACCUGGAAGCCCCUUCAGAGUCCCAUUGCACCUGAAACCGCCCCACCCCCAAACAAGCCUCUGUGCAUCCAGAUCCUGCAACACCUAGACACACACACGCAUCACUGAGCUGCCUGCACCCAGAUUGUCUCACACAUAACCCUUUCAUCCCACACCUGGAUCCCCCACACUGAGCCCCUUCACACUUGGAUCCUCCCUGGUUGAGCCUGCCUGUCCCACAUCUGGAAGGCCCUUAUAUGUCCACAUCCAGUGUACAACAUGUCUUUUUGGUGCAAGGCAUGGAAACUUAUACAGAACCUGCUCUUCAUAUGCCUGUCUCAAGCGAGUGAUAUUAUUAAUCCCUCACAUUUAUCAACUUACCUACAACACUUAAAAAUGCAUAUCUUUUCUAACAAUAUGCUGUUUCUACAGUUUGAUAGUUUGUCAUUUUAAUUCAAUCAAAAGAGUUUAGGACAUAUUUUCUGUUUUGUGUGUGUAAUUUCCUGAGCACUGAGAACAUGCCACUUUGCAUUUUCUGUUUUACACAAUCACCUGUCCUUGUGCCAUUGUAAAAUAUUUAAAGUUCAUACCAAAGGUAUUGUCUCUCAUUUUUAAGGAAAUGUUUAAUAGCAAUUUCUUGGUGCAUAUUCCAGUCUGUACAAGUAAGGAAAUUAGGGCAUACAUUCAUUGAUGUUUGUACUUUGGCUACAUGCACAAUAAAUUCCAUACAGAUACUGUAAUGUGUAUAUAUAUUUUAAUAUGCUUUGUAAUCACUUUCAGGUGGUUGUGAUAAAACUUGCUGAUUAAUAAACUGUUAAACUACCUAUUCUUUGGGGUUUGUAAAACUUUGUUUCUCAGAGGAAAAACAAUUAGAGGAGGAAGUUUGGUCUAGUCAUUUAGAUCAUAUACCCCUAAAUUACUACUUCCUUCUGUGCUACAGAAUACUCUAGUCUAUGACUCAGGAGUCCCAGCGCUACCGUUA